GCCACCCUGGUUCGGAAGACAUGACUGCCGAAGAGAUGGAGGUCGAAAGAAUGGAGGUUAUUGAGGAUAGCGGCAGCACGAGCAGCAGCGAGGGCGAGGGCUCCACAGGAGAGGCGGAGAGGGAGAGUGAUGGCCAGGAAGAAAUGCAGGGCUCUGAUGAAGUGGGCGAAGAGAAGGCCGCUAUUCCAGAGUUCAGCAAGUUCAUGCAGGGGUUCUGGGAUCUGGCUAGCGUGGAUGUGCCAGUCAGGGUUGGCGCGGCAGCUAUGAUCGUGAGACACGUGUCCAAUCAAGGGGGCGACGCAGAAUACGCGGUCAAGCGGCUGGUGCGAGGCAUAUGCUCCAGCCGCCAGUGCGCGAGGCAGGGCUUCGCCUCGUGCCUUGCGCAAGUGCUGGCCGUGCUACCCAAGGACGCGCCUACAACACCGGCCGUGCUGGAGCAAAUUUUGAAUACCACCCAGACGACGGCAGCGAUGAAGGGAGCCGACGAGCGAGAGCUGGCCCUAGGGCGCCUCCUGGGGGUUUCCGCUUUGGCCAUGUCGGGGCGACUCAGAUCGGAACCGGAGAGCGCGGAGGGGGCGCUGAAGGCGGUGUCAGAGCUGUACACGAAGAGGAAGUGGAUCGGGCAGGCGGCGGGGGAGGCGGCUCUCCUGGUGACCUCCAAGGCCUUCGAAGGGGAGGGGGAGUUCCUGCGAGUGGUCCUACCGCUCAUGGUGCCCCUGCUAAAGGGGAAGGACGGAAGCACCCUCCAGCUGGCGGAUCUGUCCUCAGACCAGCUGCUGCUCUCUCUGGGCUUGCGCUCCAUCAUGAGGGAGAGGGGCCUGGAUCCGCAGGAAGAUGCCGCCCUGAAGCAAGCACUGCCGGCGUUCUUGAGACACGCUUCGGUGGUGCGGGUCGGGAAGGCACAGGACCUGGUAUCGCCGCUGAAGCAGUCGGCAGGCGUCUUUCCGAAGGUUCACUCGCUGUGGGGACGCUUGUGGGACGACCUUGGCCUUUCCCCAGCCGGUCAGCCUCGUGCUUCGCUUAGCGCCAAGCGCCUGAAGAAGCUGGGAGAGGUUUGGUCUUGUGUGGUGGACGGCGCUCUUACGAACACGUCGCUCAACAACAAGGGGACUGCGGUCCUCCUGCUCAAGCAGGUAUUGCAACGGGUGCCGGCGGCGGGUGUGUGGCACGUGCUCUCCCCAGGCAUCGUUCGCCUCAUUCUCAACCACACCAAGGCGCGCGAUUCUUGUGGAGAAGAAAACUACCUGUUUUCCUUGGUGCACAUGACGCUCAAGCAGCUGCCGAAGAUCGUCAAGGAUGAUCAGGAGGUUCAGGCGCAGGUUGCGGCGUGCCUUCUCCGCAGGGGCUCCAUCCGCUUCGACAACCGGACCGGGGUGAACGUGGUGUCUUCCCUCGUAAAGGGGAUGGGGCAGGAAGCCUUGGACGCCCACGUGGAGUUCCUCAAGGGCGUUGUGCGGGGCAAGCCAGGGUGGGCAGGCUCCGAAGAGCCCGUCGCGAACGGCGUUGCAACCUCCGAAGAACCCACCGACGGUUCUGGUUCCGAUGCCGGCUCGGCGGCGGAACGCCUCCAGGCCGUGGAAGCCCUCUACUCCUUGGCGAGGAGUUCCGGGGGUGGUGACGGGGUCGGGGGCAAGAGGGACGCCAGGGGCGCCGCGAUUGUUGCUGCUGCUGGGGGGGGGGGUGGCUUGGAGAUCCAGGGGAAGCGGCUCACCAAGACUGCUGAGUUUUUCCUGGAGGCCGGUUUCUUCGCCCCGGCGGAUGGAGCGGCGGCGACCGCCAUGCCCCCGAAGACGCUGGAGCUCUGCCGCUCCAAGUUCUUCAGCCUCGUAGCCGAUAUCGCUGCCAAGCCGCUCUUCUGGCAGACUAACCCCGGCGCCAACAAGGGCGAGAGCAAGAGCAAGAGCAGCAAGUCCCCCUCAAAGAAAAAGCCUACCGAUGAGGGGGGCUCCGCCGGAUGGGGAGCGCUGGAGGCCCUGUGGGGUCUGCACGAGACCUGGCAGGGUCUGGAGGGAGCGGGGAGGAAGCUGGUGAAGGGGCUGUCAGUGGGUGUGGACGAGCGGGAGGCGUGCUCGGUGGCGCUGGCUGUUGUCGGGCGAAUCAGGGCCGGCGCAGCAAGGGACGACAAGCUCGGCUCUGCGUUCGCCGGCAUCCUGCUGCUGGUGUCGCUGCACAUGCUGGAAGGGUCGAAGGAGGGGGUACGCGGCCGGGAAAUGGAGCGCAGCCAGCACAUUACUGAUCUCGUCGAGACCUACGGCCGCAUGUCUGGCUCGGCUAACGACGAAGAGGAUGGCGAUGAUGAUGAAGAGGAGGAAGACAAGGACGAGCCGGACCCUCUGGCCAUGCUUGCCGACGUUCUCGUGGCCGUCGUUGCUGAGCCGUCGAGUCACUCCGUCCGGGGGCUCCGUGACACGGCCAGGCGCGUGUGGGGUAUGGUGUGCGGUUCGACCCCUUUGACGCGUUCUGCUCUCAACACGUUAGUGGCCGCCGUGUGCGGAGACCAGGAUGAAGGCGGGAACGAGUCAUCCUCAGAUGAUGAGGACGAAGACAGCGAUGGCGACGGCGACGAGGAGAUGGCAAAGAAUGGAAAGGCUGGGGCUGAGGGGAAGGACAGCAGUGGCGGUGAGCAGGAGGAGAGCAGCUCCGACGACGGCGACAGCGACAGCGACGGCGACGGGAACGAUGGAGACAACGAUGAGGUGAUGGUUGACCCGUCGGACAUGGAAGCACUCUUGGGCGGAGAAGACGACCAAGACGGAGAGGAAGCUUUCCAGCAUCAUGCGGGGGCCGACAAGGCGUUGGGAGCUCUCAUCGGGCUGAAGAAGUCGGGGCGGAAGAAGGGAGCUCAGGAGGCAGAGCGACAAGGGUACCAGAUACGACUUCGCGCCUUGGAUCUGCUAGAAGUGGUGUGUUCGCGCCGGUCGGACUCGCAACACCUCCUCACCGCCCUGUUGCCCGUCCUCAAGAGCAUCGAGAAGCUAAGCGGAGUCGCCACAGGAGGCGAGGGUUCAGCCCUCAAUAUCCGCCUCCAGGGUCUCUACAAGAACCGCCUGUGCAAGUGCAAACCCCGGGCCUCCUCCUCCUCCGAGGAACAAGGAUCGAAACCAGGGGACGACGCCGACGACACCCGCGCCCAGACCGCGGAGGCUUUCUCGGAGCUGAUCGGCCUCUGCCGUGCCUGGGAGAAGAAGAACUCGCCCCUCGCGUCCUUAGCCCUCGAGGGUGCCCUGUGCUGCCUGAGAUCCCUCAAGGGCAAGGGCAAGGGCGGCGGCGGCGGGGACGCCUUGGAGGGGGCCUUGAAGGCGCUCGCCACGGCUGUGGGAGACUUCUUCGGGAAGAAGAGGGGCGGUGGCUUCACGGUUGUCCAGGUCGAGGAGGUGGUCAAGCGCUUCCCUGACGUGUUGUUGCCAGUGCUGGUCAAGGCGGCUCAGGGAGCGGCCGCAAGCGACUUCCUCAGGACAGAGGCCUUCAGUCUACUGGCAGGGGUCAUCCAGAAACGCGGAUCGAUGAACCCAGCUUCUCGCGAAACCCUGCUGGCCCAGUGUCCCGCGAUCUUCAAGGCAUUGAGUGACGUCAUGUCCAUUGCCGCCAAGGAAGCGGCCUCGUCCGCCGUCACAAAUGCAACAGGAGAUACGGCCGAAACCGACGACAAGAAACCGGCAAAAGCAAACGCGGCAUCCUCGUCGGCUAUGCUCAAGGCGAAACGCCUGAAGCCUAUCUUGGGUUGCCUCUCGGCUACCGUCGGCGCCGACGAGGGUGUCGGAGCCCUCUCCGCCCUGGCCUCUGAGGCGAGGUCGCUGAAGGCAUCGCUCGCCGCGGUCGGGGAGGCGAGCGCUAGCCUGCCGAUGCAGCUGCAGUGCGGACAGGUGGCGCAAGCGCUGGACCCGAUAGCGGCAGCAGGAGGGAAGGAGGAAAACGGAGCGGCAGAAACGGUCUCCGAAGAGGACGGCAGCAAGAAGAAGAAGAGGAAGAUGGACAAGUCGUCGCCGAAGCGCAAGGCGGCCGCCGAGGUUGACGUUACCCCCGACACCGAAGUUGACAGUCCCGUGGCGACGGCGGCGGCUGACGUCGACGAGAGCAAGCCCAAGAGCAGCAGCAGCAAGAAGAAGAAGAAGCGGAGAGAGAGCAAGGAAGGCUGAAGGCGGAGACCGCGCAAUCGGUCCGACGUUGUGGUGUUUCCGUGGCCGUGGCGCGUACUAGCCAACUCCUGCCAUUGUCCUUGCCUUGUCUGGGAUGUCUGGGUUUGUGUUUUUUUGCUGUCUGUGUCGGUCGAGGUCUACUCUACUUGUUGUUGGCGCGUCGCAAGAACAUUGAAAGGGGUCUAGUUGACAAUUUGCACGGCAAUUGGGGGUGGGGAGUGCAUAGAGUGUCUUUGCAGUCGCUAGGGGGCGUCGGUGAACGGAAGGAGCUCUCUGCAUUUUCGAGGUAGGCUCGGUGUCAUAGGCAGACGUGGAGGGGAAUGCUUGGUUUCGACUGAAUGCCCUCUCACACCUUACAUCGCAACCGCCGUACUUAGUUCACGUAGCAUUUUUUUUAUCGGCAUUAUCACCGCUCUCUGCUGUUGGGUGGUGUAGCCUAUUGAGCUCGCUCACACAGCAGUGGCUGGGCGCUUCAACAUCUUCGCAACCUUCUGACGUU